CACUCUCUACCCAAUCAGGGCGCAGGACACUUAGAGGAGUUUCAGCCAAUGUGCAGAAGUCAACAACAGAGCAGAGAUUUUGUAGGAGAGACGAAAUCUAAAUUUAAAAACUAAAGUUUCGAGGUGAAACUCAGAAAUAAUCUCUGCGUGUCAUUGUUAUGAACGCGUAGGGCGGCAGGCACAGCGAUGGCAGAAGAGGAUGACAUCUGGCCCAUGUUUGCGGUGGGCCAGCCCAUGGGCAUCGAUAUCAGGGCUCGAGUGCAGCAGUUUGUGGAGGAGAGGAUGCAGACCACCAUGUUAACCGGCAUCAUGAUCGGAGCGGCUGUGGCCAUCUCACUGAUUGGAAUCGUGGUGCUGUGUAUCUACCGGCGGUUCAAGCAGUCGAGGGAGCAGCAGGCAGGCGGGCCUCGGUACCGCUUCAGAAAGAGGGACAAGGUGAUGUUCUACGGGAGGAAGAUCAUGAGGAAGGUGCAAACCCUGUCCUCCUCCACCUCUAUCAGUGGACUCAAGACCGAGUCGAGGCAGCGACCCCGGAAGAGAACCCGAGUGCUGACCCUGGCCCGGAGAAUCCUGCGGAUUCGGAAGGAGCCCCCCACUCUGCAGCCCAAGGAGCCCCCCCCCUCCCUGCUGGAGGCUGACCUGACGGAGUUCGAUGUGAAGAACUCUCACCUGCCCUCCGAGGUGCUGUACAUGCUCAAGAACGUGCGGGUGCUGGGGCACUUUGAGAAGCCUCUCUUCCUGGAGCUCUGUAAGCACAUGGUGUUCGUUCAGCUGCAUGAGGGAGAGCACAUGUUCCGACCGGGCGAGGCUGACGACAGCAUAUACGUGGUGCAGGACGGCAGACUGGAGCUGUGCAUACAGGAGAGUGACGGGACAGAGCCAGUGGUGAAGGAGGUUCUCCCAGGGGACAGUGUCCACAGCCUGCUCAGCAUCCUGGACAUCAUCACAGGUUACCCCGCCCCCUAUAAGACAGUGUCGGCCCGUGCAGCGGUUCGCUCCACGAUCCUGCGCCUUCCCGCCAGCGCCUUCAAGUCCCUCUUCGAGAAAUACCCCGAAACGCUGGUCCGAGUCAUCCAGAUUAUCAUGGUGCGUCUGCAGAGAGUCACGUUCCUGGCUCUUCACAACUACCUGGGGCUGACCACUGAGCUCUUCAACUCGGAGAGCCAGGCCAUCCCGCUGGUCUCUGUCUCCAGUGUAAUUGCAGUAGGCAGCCCAGGGCGAGGAGUGAGGAGGCAGCUCUCUACUGCCGCCCCGGAGGAGGAGCCCAGCCCCAGCACUGAGGGGCCAGGAGAGAGCAGCAGCGAGACAGAGCCGGUGAAAGUUUCUGCUUCGGACAGCGUCUCGGCUAACUUCAGGAGGAUCCGCUCCCAGUCCAUGCCUCUGGAGCCAGCAGGUACUUCUCCCUCCAGCAAGUCGGACCUGGACAUGGCCUACGAGAGGGCGAGGGUCAACCGGGCUCUGGAGGACCUGCCCGCCAUCGCCAUCACGCACAAGUCGAUCCUGAAGAAGAGUGUGACGAUGCAGGAGACCCCCUCUGCUGUGUAUCACUACACUGAGGGGGAAGAGCGCACUGACCAGGUCCCCCCCAGCAAGGUCAGCUCCAUCUACGAGGCAGCCAAGACAGACCUGCUGAGACUCAUGAAGCUGAACGACCCCAGUCUGCUGAAUGGCAGGGUGACGCUGCAGCAGGUGAAGGCUGGCACAGUCGUGGCCAAGCAGGGAGACCAGGACGUGACUAUUCGCUUUGUGAUCUCGGGGCUGCUCCACGUCUACCAGCGCAUGAUCGACCGCGAGGAGGACACCUGCCUGUUCAUCACGCACCCGGGGGAUCUGGUGGGGCAGCUGGCAGUGCUGACCGGGGAGCCUCUCAUCUUCACUGUGCGAGCGCAGCGCGACUGCAGCUUCCUCUCCAUCACCAAGACGCACUUCUACGAGAUCAUGCGUGAGGAGCCCGGCGUGGUCCUGAGUGUGGCGCACUCUGUGGUCAGGAGGAUGUCUCCCUUCGUCCGGCAGAUCGACUUCGCUCUCGACUGGAUGGCAGUGGAGGCAGGCAGGGCCGUGUACAGGCAGGGCGACAAGUCUGACUGCACCUACAUCGUGCUGAACGGCCGACUGCGCUCCGUCAUCAUGCAGGACGACGGGAAGAAGGAGCUGGCUGGGGAGUACGGGCGCGGAGACCUCAUCGGAGUGGUGGAGGCUCUCACCCAUCAGCCCCGUGCCACGACGGUCCACGCGGUGCGAGACUCGGAGCUGGCCAAGCUGCCAGAGGGGGCGCUGAACUCCAUCAAGAGGCGCUACCCGCAGGUGGUGACGCGCCUCAUUCACCUGCUGGGUCAGAAGAUCCUAGGUAACCUGCAGCAAGUCAACGGGCCCCUGUCAGCUCGUGGCCUGGGUCUGCACAGCUCUGGCAGUAAGUGGGAUGCUGGGAACCCGGCCAGUAACCUCUCCACUGUGACCAUCCUGCCCGUCUCGGAGGAGGUGCCAAUGACCGCCUUCACGCUGGAGCUGCAGCACGCCCUGGAGGCCAUCGGUCCCACGUUACUGCUGACCAGUGACAGCAUCAAGCAGAGGCUGGGGUCCGCAGCGCUGGACAGUGUUCACGAGUACCGCCUGUCCAGCUGGCUGGGGCAGCAGGAGGAUAUCCAUCGCAUCGUUCUGUACCAGUCUGACAGCAGCCUGACACCCUGGACCCAGCGCUGCAUCCGCCAGGCAGACUGCAUCCUCAUCGUGGGGCUGGGAGACCAGGAGCCCACUGUGGGAGGGCUGGAGCGCAUGCUGGAGAGCACGGCUGUGCGUGCGCAGAAGCAGCUGAUCCUGCUGCACCGCGAGGACGGCCCCGCCCCCUACCGCACCGUGGAGUGGCUCAACAUGCGCAGCUGGUGCUCCCGACACCUGCACCUCUGCUGCCCGCGCCGUGUCUUCACAAACCGGAGCCUGCCCAAACUGAGAGAGAUGUACCAGCGUGUUUUCCAGAAGACUCCGGACCGGCACUCGGACUUCUCUCGGCUGGCGCGGGUCCUGACUGGGAAUGCCAUCGCGCUGGUGCUGGGGGGCGGAGGUGCCAGGGGCUGCUCGCAGGUGGGUAUUAUCCGGGCGAUGACUGAGGCUGGCAUUCCCAUUGACCUGGUGGGCGGGACCUCUAUCGGCUCCUUCAUGGGCGCCCUGUACGCAGAGGAGAGGAGCUUCAACCGCAUGAGGAUCCGAGCACGGGAGUGGGCAAUGGAGAUGACUUCUUGGUUCAAGAAGGUGCUGGACCUGACCUACCCUAUCACCUCCAUGUUCAGUGGAGCCUCCUUCAACUCCGGCCUCAGCAGCAUCUUCAAGAGCAAGCAGAUCGAGGACCUGUGGAUCCCCUAUUUCAACAUCACCACUGACAUCACCGCCUCGGCCAUGCGGGUCCACACAGACGGCUCGCUGUGGCGAUAUGUCCGUGCCAGCAUGUCCCUCUCGGGGUACCUGCCCCCCCUGUGUGACCCCAAAGACGGACACCUUCUGAUGGACGGGGGCUACAUCAACAACCUGCCAGCGGACGUGGCGCGGUCCAUGGGUGCGAAGGUGGUGAUUGCCAUCGACGUGGGCAGCCAGGACGAGACGGACCUCACCAACUACGGGGACUCGCUGUCGGGCUGGUGGCUGCUGUGGAAACGCUGGAACCCGCUGAGUGAGAAGGUCAAGGUGCUGGACAUGGCUGAGAUCCAGACGCGGCUGGCCUACGUGUGCUGCGUGAGGCAGCUGGAGAUGGUGAAGAGCAGCGAGUACUGCGAGUACAUCCGGCCGCCCAUUGACCGCUACGGCACGCUGGACUUCGGCAAGUUCAACGAGAUCCUGGAGGUGGGGUACCAGCAUGGGCAGACUCUGUUUGAUGUGUGGCGCCGCAGCGGGGUGGUUGACAAGAUGCUGAAGGACCGACACCAGGAGGAGUUCCACAAGACCAAGACCUCUGACGUGGUGACCUGUCCCAACGCCUCCUUCACCGACCUGGCUGAGAUCGUGUCCCGAAUCGAGUCAGUCAAACCCGCCGUGGUGGACGACGAGUCAGAUUACCAGACUGACUACGAGGAGGAAGCAACAGAGGCGUUGAGGGGAGAGUUCAAGCCGUCCAAUCAGAACAGUGAGCACACGGAGGAGGAGGAGGAGGAGACAUGUGACACGGAUGAGGAGCUGGAGCUGCCACGCCGCCGAGUCACGAGACAGUCCGCGGCGGGCAGCGCUCAUUAGCACAGCGCCCCCUGCGGGGCUGGAGGAGUAUGACGAGUGUGUGUGUGCCAAUCUGAACGCUCAGACCGUCUCUGUCUGUCCACGGGGCUGCCUUCAAGAACAGACACCAAUCCAGAACGAUCUCCAACCGAGCCCAGUGAACAGACUUCAGCGCUUUGAGCAAAUUCACCAGAGAACUGGCUGCAGCCCUGGACUUUGUUUAAGGAAGAAAUUUAAUCAUGCCUGUAAGAAAUGAAUCCGAUUCUCCUGCCAGGCUGCCUGACUCUUCUCUCUCCAGUCCAUUCCAGCAAUGUUCUUUUAAAAGACUGAUCCCGGAUUUCAAUCUGCAUUGCUUUCCAGCAUGAGCUGUCAGUGGCAACUUUUAUUCCCUGUGCAUCGGACACUGAAACAAUCUAAUUAAGAACAUGAGAAAACGCCCCCGCUGUCCUACACACAGCGUAUAUUAAAACUAUACUGCAGUCCUUUCUAGUUAUUUUAAAUACAGUGGAAUGAUCCAGAGCGACAAGAGACAGGCAGCUUGGGAUCAAAUCAACCCGAUUUCAAGAUCAGCUUAAAAAAAGUAAAAUCAGCACCAAACGGGUGCAUUGCUGUUGAGUUGAGACACACAGUGCCUUUUCAAGUGCCCUCCAUCUCCAGAGAGCAAGGACAGCAGUUUGGACAGAUUCUGAAUGAGAUCAGCACUGAACAGUUCCCUCUGCUGUGAAACCCCUGCUAACCUUCCCUUCACAACGUCCCUGCAGAGACUCGCUUUGCGCAUGUGUUUAAUGAAGGGUGUUACUACAGACCUCAUGCAGGACAGCGUGGCACAUUGCAUUGUGUCGAGUGUGAUCUGCUGUGUAAAAGCACAGUCACACAAGUCCGUGUGAUUUAGGCUGUAAUGUAUGUCCUGUGGUACAGGGUGUCUUUUCGAGAGCACUUUUGGGGCGGCGAUCCCUGCUUAGAACUUGUGUCUGAACAAAGAAAACAAAAAGAAGGGGAUGCAUAAUAAAUAUCGUACUCACUGCGUGGCAGCUGGUUCAAAUCCAGCUCAAUCCUGCCUUUGAUUCGGUUCAUUUACCUGAAAAUCAAUGGAAAAGCAAGCUCUUCCAUGGACGGGAGAUGGCAUCAAAAUAGCCUCUUUUAUAAUGUAUGUCAUUGUUUUUUUUAAAUGAUGUCAGUAAAAAAGCCUACUGCAGUGCGAGGCUGGCAACCCUGGCACUGCCUCCCAUUACCAACACGCUCUCAUUCCAGAGUGCAAGUGAAAUAGGAGUCAUCCGAAGCACAGCCGCAGGUAAUGGCGCUCAAUGAAGACCUGCUGCUAUUUAUAACUGCAGUGUUUUCAGAGCGGAUUAAAGAGAUUGCACUCUACGUCACGCACACACACGCUGGAGCUGUGAGCUUCUAAAAUAAACACAAAGUGUGGAGGGGCCUUGACGCACGCACACACACCCCCCGACAACACACACUGAAACACACACACACCCCGAUAACACACACUGAAACACACACACACCUCGAUAACACACACUGAAACACACACACUGAUACACACACACACACACUGAAACACACUGUCACUGAUACACACACACACUGCAGAGGGGGCUUGACGCACACACACACACACACCCCCCGACAACACACACUGAAACACACACACACACCCCGAUAACACACACUGAAACACACACACACACCCCGAUAACACACACUGAAACACACACACACACCCCGACAACACACACUGAAACACACACACACACCUCGAUAACACACACUGAAACACACACACUGAUACACACACACACACUGAAACACACUGUCACUGAUACACACACACACACCCUGAUAACACACUCUCACUGAUACACACACACACACACUGAUAACACACUGUCACUGAUACACACACACACACACACUGAUAACACACUCUCACUGAUACACACACACACACUGAUAACACACUGUCACUGAUACACACAAACACUGCAGAGGGGGCUUGACGCACACGCACGCACACAAUUCUUGUUUUUGUUGCUCAGUUAUUUCCGUUUAUAUAAAUCCCAACACAAACUCUCCCUGCGCAGUACAGCAUGAAACACAUGAAGAGGUCAUUGUUACACUUGUGCCCUGAACCUUCUUCCUCCUCCAGUCCCCAUGACUGGAUUUCUGGGUAAGCAGGACCUGGUCCUCCAGAGACCUCCUCGCCCUUCAAACCAGCCUGUGAGCGUCACUCUGAUCUCAAGCUCUCAUUACACUGGUAUUUAUAACUCCUCUCAAGCGCUCAUGACACGGUGGUAUUUAUAACUCCUGCACACUUCCAGAUCAGUGCGCAAAUCAACAAGCUUUUUAUUACUUUUUUCCACACAUGCUCUGUUCCAGACUGCUCACGUCAGUGUUUGUGUAAAUGCAAUUACCAGCCGCUGUCUUCUUAACCUGGUGCUCAGAGCUCAUCUGUUGGGUUAAAGCUCUUGUGAUCCCUGCUGUGAUCUCUACUGCUCUGUAGCACACCUGACUGCAACUCUAGAUCAAUAAAUCAAUUCUCAGUCCAGCGCAGCAGUCACACUGACACUUUCUAAGCACCCUCUCUGUCUCUUCAUGAUUGCACAGCUCUUUCCUCUGCUCUGGAGUCUAAUAGGUGCUGUAGCUCCACUGUGCUGUAUUGUCACAAGACAAGAAAUGAUUGCCGAUAAGGGGAGCCGAGCACAGUGGUACAAGAGCUAAUAAAACCACAGGAAAAAGGAUUUAGAAAAACCUAAAGGGACAAACCUUUCAAUUGCAUUUUGGAGUUGUUUAACUGUAGCAACGGUCCUGUCCCCCUGUGAGAUAAAACCACCCCCUCCAAUCCAGGGUCCAUCACCUUCAUUUGGUGCUCAAUUUCAUCUGCUCUUGAGUGGUAUUAGUUUUCUGAGCUGCUAAAUCCUGUAAAGCAAUUGCAGAUCAUAUCCCCCCUUGUCCACAAUCUCAUUACUCUGUGAUAAUAGAAGCCCCCCCCCCCUCUCCCUUAUCUCCACUCUCAUCCUUCCAGGCACAGCCACUCUCUCAUUCACCUCGCCGGGCUGGCUGUUUGACUUUCCCUUUCCCUCGUGGUGUGAGGGAUCACAUUGCAGAGUUAUCUCUGGAGCCAGACGCACAAGCACACAGGAGCUCAAAAACAUGAAGCACUGAAGCCAUAGACAAGCAGCAUGGCCCUCCUCUCUGAAAAAACAAUUUUUUACUCGAUGUGUUAGAGAACAGGAGGUAAGCAAAACCAGUAAACACAACCAGUAAACAUGCUGGCUGCAGGGUGCAGGGCGCCUGUUCUGUGUUCAGGACCUCGGCAAAGUUUUUUUUUUUUUUUUAAUGAUGUCAAGCGAUCCGAAAGAAGAUCGCAGCUGCAGUAUGUGGAGUUACUUCAGAGUGUCACUAUUUAACAAGACAAAAAAAACACACAUGCAGAGGGGAAGCACCUGUGUCAAUGCUUCUCUUGAGACGCAAUUAAAAUGUCUUUAGUGUGAA